AUGGUAACUGUGAUAGCAACCAAAGAAGAAUUAACAACACCUAUUAAGAAUGGUCUUAAUGGUGCCGAUUCAAAUGAUAAUGAACGGUCAUUGCAAUUUAUUAAAGAUUACCAAGAAGUUGAUUUUCAUCGACUAGUAUCUUGUAAACCUUUACCUGAUGAUUUAUUUGGAAGAAUUGAUGGUCAAGUAUCGAAAUCUUCAAUAAAAGGCACAUUUUUUGUUCAAAUCGAUGCAAUUGAACCAUUUAUUCAGAUAACUAAUAAUCAAAAUGAACAGACAAAUGAUAAUGAUCGUUUAGUUUUAACACUCACCGAUGGUAUUAGAAGUGUCAAAGCUAUUACAAUUGAUCAUUUUCCUAGUUUAAAUUUUAAUACAAAAAUCGGUAGUAAAUUAUUAUUAACCGAUAUCAUACAAAUUAAAGAUGGUUUACUUCAAUUAACACAUGACAAUACACAAUAUCAUAACGGUUCAAAUACAUAUUCUCGAGCACGAUCAACUCGUCGAGGUCGUGGAAAUGGAUCAUAUCGAUCGUCAUAUGAAGGACGACGAAAUAAUCGAUAUGAUAAUGAUGAAGGUGAAACAAAUUUUUUUAAACGUCCACCACCAAAAAAUACUCUAAUGGAUUUUAUGACUUCAUUAAAAUUAUCAAACGAUAAUGAAAAUGAAAAAUCUAAAGAACGUUAUGAUAAUAAUAAACGUCGAUAUAAUAAUGAACAAUAUAAUGGUACUAAUACAACAAAUAAAACAAAUUCUCAAAUACAUUAUUCAUUAAAUAAUAAUAAUUAUAAUGAUAUAGUUCAACAAGAUGAUAUUGAUGAACAAUUAGAUCCAGAAGAUGAUCCUUCACACGCAAAUUAUCGAGAACGACGAAAUCCUUUACCACCGAGACUUCAACGUGCACAAGAAGAACGUACUCGUCGAAAUACAAAUCGGUAUUAUGAUGAAUCAAUGCCUGGAAAUGACCUAAAUAGUAUUUAUUCUAAUGAUAACAUAAGUAAUCAAUCAUUGUCCUCCUUAUCAUCAUCGUACAUACGACAUGGAGAUCCAACAUCAUAUAUUAUCAAUAAUUCAUCUAGUGGUCAACAACAUACAGCUUCUCUUAAUUCUUAUACACAACCUGCCAAUAUAAUUGCUACUGUUAGUAGUUCAACACCAACUCAUCUAAGUUAUUUUCAAGCUAAUCCAAAUUCUUUAACAUAUAGUCUUGCUGGUAUUCCAAGUCCAUCAUUUCAUAAUCAUCAAACACUUAUUGGUCCUACAUAUCCAAAUGAUCAUUUAACAUUUUGUUAUGGGCCACCUUAUGCAACUCCGACUUAUCUUCCACCUACGAUUACUAAUAAUUUUAAUGGUGAUAUAAAAAAUAAUGGUAAUACUCAUUCUGAUAUUGAAACUGCAACUAACAUAGGAUCUCAACAUGAUGAGAAUAAUGAUAGUGGAAUUAAAUCAGAAACGUCCUCAAACGAACAAAAACAAACAUUACUAUCAUCUAAUGAUAGUAAUACAAAUAUUCAAGAUGAAAAACGUCGAGAUUCCAAUUCAAAUCCAAGACCUCGUUGGAGAAUAGGUGAUAUGUGUUUAGCUCGAUGGAGCGAUGAUGGAGAAUUUUACUAUGCUACAAUUGUGGAAAUUCAGCCUCCUUACUGCACCGUUAUGUAUCAUGAUUAUAAUAAUUAUGAUCAAGUUCGUUUCAGUGAUUUAAAAGUCAUACCACGUGAUCAACAAUAUUAUCCACUUAUUCAUCCAACAUCAGAUUUGAAUGUCUUAGCUGCUAAUGCAUAUUUUCCACCGCGUACAAAUUAUUAUCCAACAACAAUCGAUGGAUGCAUUUUAAUGCCUGAACCUCCACCAUUUCCAUUCAAUUCAGCUGGUACGUUAAUCAUGUAUCCAACAUCAAUGCCAUCAACAUCACGUUCAGAACGUUAUAAUAUUGAUGGUGGUCAACAAGAAACACAACAAAAUGAUAAUGUCAAUACUACAUUAUCACCAGGUAAAAAUUCAAAUGAUACAAGUGGUGUUGAUUCAUCAACAACAUUAUCAAAUGAUGAUCAUCCUCAACAAGAUUCAUCAUUACCACAACCAUGUUCAAUAGCUGAUGCACCUUUAAUUCUAGUCACAUCAGAUGAUUUACAGGAACGUAGUGAAAGUACAGAAAGUUUAACAAGCAGCAAAUAUGAUGAAGAACAACCCACAAAAGAAGAAGAAGAAACAAAAAAAUAA